AUGCCGUGCUGUUGCUGAUCAGAUUACUGUAGUGAUGCCGGCAGAUACACUCUCUCGCUGCUACCAAAAACGUGCGAGCUUCGCGAGGACGCGACGGUCAGCUAGCGUCCAGUAAGACACUAGCAAUCUCUCCUGGUUUUGCAGACGGCGCUCUCGCAAGUAAUCCCAGCACCGCCCGUCGGCUGCCCCCGCGUGCGACGUACCACCGAGGAGCAUACUAGUUGCACAUCACACCGCGCUGCUGCCCGACGCGCCUCGCGGCCAGAACCAAGCUCAAUCCUAGGCUGCCCCCGGGCGCUGCAGGCAUACCACCGAGGAGCAUACUAGCUGCACAUCACACCGUCGCGCUGCUGCCCGACGCGCCUCGCGGCCAGACCCAGCUCAAUCGGCGCCACCAUGCCGACGCGCCGCCUCGUCGCGCUCGCCCUCGCGGCCGGCGCCUCCGCCGGCUGCGACGUGUGCAGCAAAGAGCUCUAUGACGGCCGGUGCGGGCCCUUCGAGCGCGAGGCCCGGGGCAGGUGGGCCGACUGGACGACGCUGGCGCCGGACGUGAGUUGCCUCGAGGACGUGUGCUGCGCGCUGCACGAGGACGACUGCUGCGAGCCGGCCGCGGGCCCGAUCGCCGGCCUCGUGAUCGGCGCCGUCGUGCUGUUGGCGUUCGUCGGCGGCGCGUGCCUGCGGCUCUGCGGCCUCGCGGGAGGCAGGGACGCCGAAAGGUGGAGUUUACGCACGUCUGGCCACUGCUUCAGGAACGGGCCGAACCCGAGCCACGUCGGUUUAGUGGCCUUCGCGUGCGGCGUGGCGUACCUCGUGGCCCUCAUGCCCCUCCGGCACUGGACGAGCUACAAACUCGUCGUGGAGGUGAACCUGGUCGGGCGUCUGGAAAGCCGCGCGAGGUUCGACCUGUGGCACGGGGCGGUGACGACGAAGAACGACUACCUCGGGGAUUCCAAGGACGAGGACGCCAUCCUGGCGGACCCCGAGGAUUGCAACGACGGGGACCAAUUUUGCAAGUCCCUCGUCGAGGCGAACAACGCCGCGCAGUCCUUGGUCAUGGUGGCGCUUGUCCUGGCGUCGGUCGCGUGCCUCGCGAUCGCGGGAUGGAAAUUCUGCUGCGUCGGCGUCGACGGAGAACCGAACGUCGCCGCCUGCGACAAGAACGCGAACGCAUUCGCGGUCGCCUCCGCGCUGCUGGCGGUCAGCGGGGCCGUCGGCGUCGCGGGCGCGACCAACUACAAGUUUGCGAUGAAGGACGCGUUCCUCGACCUCGCCGACGCAUCGCGCGAAAGCGGGCCCGUCGGCAUAGGCUCCGAACCCUGCAGAGCUGGCUGCGCCCUGUCCAUCGUCGCGGGCGCGUUCGGUAUCAUCGUCGGCGUGCUCGGCGUGGUCCUGCACGUUUACGGUGUCGUCGUCGAGGCCAGGCCGGCCGGCGCCGAGAGUCCGGUGGGCCCGAUCACCCUGGGCGGCGUGAAGAUCGAUCUAGCACAAGAGGACGUGUGCUCGCCGCGCCGCGUGGACCUCGUGUACGCGCCGCUCGCGGCCUGGUACAACGCGACGGGGCGCGCCGCGCUGCGCGCCAAGCACGGCCCGCUCCCCGCGACCGCCGACGCUUUCUACCAGUGGCCCACGCGCAACGCGGUCGUCAUGGCGUUCCUCGACGACCAGGGCGUGCCGCCCGCCUUCUAG